AUGGCUGAAUCUGAGCCUUCGAUUAAUAUUCCUUCCCUCCUUACCUUCGCCGUUGUCUCGUUCUUCGUCUUCCGGUGGUUUUUCUCCUCACGCUCGGGAUCCCAAGAUGGCAGUAAUGCGCCCGGAGGGAGAAACAGAGCUCAGGCAGUUGAUCCAGUACAGCUAGACCACUUAGCUCAAAUGUUUCCUCAGCUUACGCGGAGAGAACUUAUGUGGGAUUUACAGCGGAACGGCGGAAGCGUGGCAGCCACAACAGAGCGGAUCUUAACGGGAAGGGGAUUAGAGACGCCUCCUCCUACGUUCCAACCUCAGAUUCCAGCCGCCUCAACGCCCACAGUUGAAUCCACAUCUACUGCCACUGAACAGGUAGCAAAACAAGUAUCGACCAAUCUCAUUGCACGAUAUAACCUCCAGUCCAAGAUAGAUAAUGAAUCUACGGAAGGAUCUGGAACUGGUACUGUUUCUAGUGAUUCAACAAUACUUCGACAAGGAAGUGCCUGGUCGCGUGACAAAGACGAGAGACAGAGACUCAUGCAGAAACGACGGGACGAAAUGAUUCUUACGGCCAGGAGGAAGAUGCUAGAGAAAGAUAAGGCUGCAAAGCAAGAGCAGCAGCAAUAA